AUGUUUGAGAAAGAAAUCGUGAUUGAUGGUAAGGGCCAUUUGUUGGGUCGAUUGGCUUCUUAUAUUGCCAAGGAGUUGUAAAGAGGCUAAAGGAUUGUUGUAGUCAGAACUGAGUUGAUUUAACAAUCAGGUUCCCUCUUCAGAAACAGAGUCAUUUUUGAAGAAUAUCUCAAUAAGAGAAUGGCCUUCAAUCCAAGAAGAGGAUACAAGCAUUACAGAACUCCAUCACGAUGUUUUUGGAAGGUAGUCAGAGGAAUGCUUCAAUAUAAAUCAAAAAGAGGAGCAGCUGCUUUAGAGAGAUUAAAGGUCUUUGAAGGAGUCCCCCCUCCCUAUGACACAAGAAAGAGAUAGGUUAUUCCAGAUGCCAUCAAAUUGAUCAGACUCAAGAAUCACAGACCCUUCUGCACUUUAGGUGAUUUAUGUGCCUCAGUCGGAUGGAAUUCAUAAGCUGUUGUUAACAGACUCGAAGAGAAGAGAAAGCAAAGAGGUGCUGCCUAUUACAAGAGAAAGAUUGCCAGAGAAAAUCUCAGAAGAAAAGCCAUCGGAGCUAAGGAACUUGCUACAAUCAAUUCAGAGUUAGAGAAGUUGGGCUAUUGAAAUAAUAUAAUAAAAUCAUGUACAUUUAAUCUUUAUAA